AUGGCACAGCACUUUAGCAAUCAAGAUAAAGAAGCAAGGUUAGCAUUUUGUCAAGAAUUUUUGGAUUUACAUCAAGGAGCAAUUCACAAUCUCCUAAUGAGCGACGAAGCAAAUUUUUAUUUGAACGGCAUGGUUAAUAAACAGAAUUUUAGAUACUGGUCAAAUGAAAAUCCUCGUGAAAUCUUUACACAGAACCUCCAUAAUCCAAAAGUUAUUGUGUGGUGUGGAGUAGGAUCUUUUGGUAUUAUUGGUCCAUAUUUUUUUGAGGAUGAAAAUAACCGCGCUGUAACAGUAACAUCCGAGCGCUACGUAAACAUGCUAGAGACAUUCCUCAUUCCAGAAUUAAAUAGACGAGGAUUAGUAAACACUCCCUUACUAUUCCAACAAGAUGGGGCAACAGCUCAUACCGCCAGAAACUCAAUGAGGGUUCUGCGAGAAAUGUUUAAUGGUCGACUCAUUUCUCGAUUCGGAGAUUUGCCUUGGCCUUCGAGGUCCCCCGACUUAACGGCACCCGAUUUUUUCCUGUGGGGAUAUUUAAAAGCCAAAGUGUUUGCGAGUCGUCCAGGUACAAUCGAGGAACUCAAAGUCAAAAUUCGUGAAGAAGUUGAAGGAAUAGACGAAGGUUUGCUACGCCGUGUAAUGAACCACUUUUUAUCUAUAAGAUAUUAA